AUGCCAUUUGGCCUAAAGAAUGCUGGAGCCACUUACCAACGUCUAGUGAACAAAAUGUUCAAAAACUUACUCGGAAAGACCAUGGAAGUGUAUAUCAACGAUAUGCUCGUUAAAUCCGCUCGAGAACUAGAUCACGUUCUACAACUCCGAGAAUGCUUCACGAUCAUCAAUAAAUAUGGGAUGAAACUCAACACAGCCAAAUGUUCCUUCGGGGUAGAAUCAGACGAAUUCCUUGGUUACCUGGUAACAGAACGAGGAAUCGAAGCAAACCCAAAACAAAUCACAACUUUCCUCGAGAUGCCGUCUCCUAAGACAACUCGAGAAGUGCAAAUAUUAACCGGACGGAUAGCAGCACUGAAUCGCUUCAUAUCCCGAUCCACAGACAAGUGUUUACCCUUCUAUCAGAUCCUGAAAGGAAACAAAAAGUUCCAGUGGAGCGAUGAGUGUGAAUCAGUGAUGUACUUGCAUUUUACAUAG